AUUCAACAUAACCUUACUUUUUUGUUUAUCAUUUGAACUCUGUGAUUUGACAUGGUCUUUGUGGUGCGGUUAAUAUGAAGGAAGUGAAGCACCACAGGCAGCAAAAUCUGUGUGAAACGCGGCCCGCGUACCGACAAGGUCGCAAACUAACGGCCGUCAAGUCUUACACAGUCACCGCGGAGUCCCAACAUCUCUUCAUCUACGGAGUCCCCAAAAUCCAGUUGUUCAGCGAGCUGAAGACUCUGUGUUCCAAGUACGGGAAGAUCGUAAAAAUUCAUUUAGUAGCGGACCACAAAACUGAGAUUUUCACCGAGUGUUACCACGUAGUGUAUGAAAGUGUUGAAGUUGCAAAGAGGGCGAAGCGCCAGUUGGACACUCGGUCGUUUUACGGGGGGCUGCUGCACGUGUGUUACACCCCCGAGUUCGAGACGGUGGAAGAAACUAGGAAUAAGUUGCUUUCAAGGGCGCAGGGGAUUUUGAACUAUAAGGGUUAACAUUUUCAUUACUUUAUUUAGUUACAUUCUGUAAUUUCCCUAAUUAACAGGUGAGUGAAUCUGUAGCUUGAGUACUUGUACAAAAUGCAGUCUUUAAAAAUAUAAUUGAGUUAUUGCA